AUGAAACGACGAUGCAAGAAGCUAGGGAUCGGAUGCGCCGAAUGGAACGGUCGUAGGCCACCCGAUGCCGAAAGCAUUGUGCUGGUGACGCCAGAGUCGGCCGUGUCCGGGGAAUUCCAGACGUUCAUUAACCGGUUGAAAGCGACGAGGCGGUUAGAUCGGAUCGUGAUCGACGAGUGCCACGUCAUAUUGAACGAUCAAACUGGUUUCCGGCCCAUAUUGCAAAGGUUAGGGUCGUUAGUAGCCGCCGAGACGCAGAUGGUGCUAUUGACGGCCACGUUGCCACCUAGCAAGGAGAGGGUACUACGGGAGCGUAUGCAUUGGCAGGACGAAGGCGUCGUGAUUCGAAUGCCCACCGUCCGGACGAAUAUCCGGUAUUCAGUGGCUUCAGUAGACCCCCGGGCUAGGCAGGAGGACCAGGACGCCGUGAUCGAAGCGUUGGUGGACCAGGAGGACGGUAAGGUGGUGGUAUAUUGUAAUUCCCGAUCCCGGGUCGAGCGGUUAGCACGAAGCGGGUUAGGCGUCUGCGAGGCGUUCCAUGCGGGUUUACCAGACAAGAAAAAGGCGGAGGUUUUAGAGGAAUUUCGUACUGGAGAGAUCCGCAUCGUCGUGGCUACUAGUGCGUUAGGGAUAGGGGUCGAUAUUCCCGAUAUCCGGCUAAUUAUUCAUGCCGAUGUGCCACGGAAUUUGAUAGAUUUCGCACAGGAAAGCGGACGAGCGGGACGGGACGGACAGCCCAGUCGAUCGAUCGUUGUC